UAAGAACUCAAAAGCAAACGAUGACUAAAGCCAUUCUCUCAGGUUCACUCUUUCUACCAAAAGCCCUAAAGUUUUGCUCAAAUUCAAACGCUAACCGGAGGAGUUGCCGUGUGUUUGGAAUGGACGCUGCAGCUAGGGUUUCCAAUGGUGGCGAUGGUGUAGUUCGAUUCUCGUUAUCUCCAUCAAACGCUUUGGUCAUUCAGAAAGGAGACAUCACCAAAUGGUCCAUCGAUGGUUCCACUGACGCAAUAGUAAAUCCUGCAAAUGAGAGAAUGCUUGGAGGUGGUGGUGCAGAUGGAGCUAUACAUAGGGCUGCAGGUCUAUAUCUUUAUCAAGCAUGCCGGAAUGUUCCAGAAGUCAGGCCCGGAGUUCGCUGUCCAACAGGGGAAGCAAGGAUCACAGAGGGUUUUAUGCUGCCUGCUUCUCAUGUUAUUCAUACUGUUGGCCCCAUCUACGAUGAUGAUAGUAAUCCUGCUGCCUCUUUGGCAAGUGCUUACAGGAAUAGUUUGAGGGUUGCAAAAGAGAACAACAUUCGUUAUAUAGCAUUCCCAGCCAUAUCAUGUGGUGUCUAUGGAUACCCCUAUGAUGAAGCAGCCACAGUGGCAAUUUCUACCAUCAAAGAGUUUCAAAAUGACUUUAAGGAGGUCCACUUUGUUCUGUUCUCGCCUGAUAUUUAUGACAUUUGGUUAAAUAAGGCUAAUGAGUUGCUGAAAGAUUAGCUUGCGCCAUCAAUAAUACGUCUACAGAAUUGAACGCCAGAAUCGUCUAGACUCUUGCAACAAAUGCAUUAUCAUAUUUCAGAUGGUUGUGUAAGGAAAUGAUAUUAGCUAAUAACACCCUAAUUGAGAUGUAAUCUGCUUUUGAAGAUUAGAGAGUGAUGCUGAUUGUUAUUUUAUGCUAUAUGUAUGUGAUUGGGAUUAUAAAUGAGAUCUAUCUGCGGCCUGUCUAAACUUUGGUGUUCAUGACCGUUUAUGAUAGUGCACUACUAUUCUGUUA